AUGGAAUUCCAGGAUACCAUGCAGGUCUACGAUGCCUGUAAACUCAUAUGGGAAGAAACCGUUGAUUCCGUGCCAAAUUUAGGUGACGCGAAAGACUACGGGCUUUUCUUGUCUGAUGGAGAUCCCAAAAAGGGCGUUUGGUUAGAACCUUCUCGGACACUUAAUUAUUACAUGCUACGUGGUGGGGACGUGCUGGAAUAUCGAAAGAAGCUGAGGAGAAUGAAGAUCCGAAUGCUGGAUUGGACGGUGAAAACGAUGAUGGUGGAUGACAGCCAGACAAUCGCCAAUCAUAUGGUGACCAUUUGCACCAAAAUCGGAAUCACGAAUCACGACGAAUAUUCUCUGGUACGAGAGAAGGAAGAAAAAGAAAAUGAAAAACCCCAUCAUCAUUCAAGUUUUUCCGCCCUGGCUCUAAAAAAACGCAAGGAAGGAGACAAGGAGAUCGAUCUCAAAAUGGAGCACCUCAAGAAGAAACUCAAGACCGAAGACGAGAUCCAAUGGGUGGAUCACAAUAAGACUUUGAGGGAGCAGGGCAUAAAGGACACUGAGACCCUUCUCCUUAAAAGGAAGUACUUCUUUUCCGACCGAAACAUCGACGAGCGAGACCCGGUACAACUGAACCUCCUUUACGUCCAAUGCCGAGAUGCCAUCAUCGACGGAACUCACCCUGUGACAGAGGAGAAGGCCUUUCAGUUUGCCGGUCUCCAGUGCCAGGUUCAGCUUGGCUCCCACGACGAGAAGAAACAUCGGCCUGGCCUCUUCGAAACACGUGAGUUUCUGCCUCGCUCAUAUACAAAGCUGAAGAACAGCGAGAAACGAAUAUUCGCCGAGCACAUGAAGCACCGAGGAAUCACCGAAGUAGAAGCAAAAGUUCAAUACACCAAACUCGCACGCUCCUUGCCGACCUACGGAGUGGCUUUCUUCCUCGUCAAGGAAAAAAUGAAAGGUAAGAACAAGCUGGUGCCUUGCCUUCUGGGCAUAACCAAGGAAUCAGUGCUUCGAUUGGACGACAAGACGAAGGAGACGAUCAAGACUCAUCCUCUGACAACUCUGAAGCGUUGGGGAGUGACACCAAACACUCUCACAUUGGACUUCGGUGACUACUCCGAAGGUUGUUAUUCUGUCCGGACCACCGAAGGAGAGCAGAUCACACAACUCAUUUCUGGAUAUAUCGAUAUAAUCCUCAAAAUGAGGAAAGGCAAAGAUCAUUUUGACAUGGAUGGAGACGAAGGGUCCACAAUGGUCGAGGAAUGUGUUAGUCCUCAAAGGGCAACAACGAUUCAGCACCAAUCUCCACAGGACAGCCUUCACAUCUACACCAACAGUGUGGCAAAACCAGCUCUGCUUCGAGAUGUUGGAGGUAUCUCGAACGGGCAAAAGGCGAUUCAACUGGCCGAACGGGAUCUAGAGACUCGAGCCGAAAUUCCCAGCUUGGGAACGGAUCUCGCUUCUCGCAAAUGGCGACAGAGAACCCUUGACACGAACAAGCAGAAUGUGAGGUCUCAAGUGGCUGCCACGAAUGCUGCCACUGCUCAGCUUGCCACUCUUACUGGAGAUGAAGUAGAUGAAAAUGCCGUUGGUGCUGCCAUCAGCACGAUCGUAUCCAAUCUCCCCGAGAUGAUGAAGGGUGUGAAGAUCAUAGCUGCUCUUACGGAUGACGAAAGACAAGGAGAAGGCUUCAUUGAAGCCGCCCGAAAGCUUUGUGCUGCUUUCUCUGACCUCUUACGUGCAGCAGAGCCUGAAGCUAAAGAAUCAAGACAGAACUUGCUUGGAGCAGUCAGCCGAGUCGGGGAGGCAUCGGAAAAGCUGAUUUCAACCGUACAGGAAAAGGAUGGUGAUUCAGAGAAUCAGGAAAUGUUGUUUGGACUAGCAAAAGCAGUUGCAAAUGCCACGGGUGCUCUUGUCCUCAAGGCCAAGGCUGUGGCUUCAGCAGCAGAAGACCAGGACCUGAGAAACCGCAUUAUCGCUGCUGCGAGUCAAUGUGCCGUGGCAACGUCACAACUCGUUGCUUGUUCGAAGGUUGUGGCUUCGACAAUAGACGACAAGGCAUGCCAAGACCAACUGAUUGAAGCGGCAAAGAGGAAUGUGAAGGCAGCCGAUGGAGUCAUUGCCUUAUGUCAGGAUGUGACAGGCGUUGAUGAGACUCUACUACUGGACUUGAGAGCGACAGCAACUGAGGUCACACGUGUUUUCAACGACCACCUCAACCAAAUCAAAAUAGGCAGUGGAAACCAGCCCAAAAAGCCACUGGGUGAUGGAGGAAUAGACCGUAUACUAGCUGCCUCUGAUAGAUUGAUUGCAAGCGCAGGAGAUUCAAGCGAGAUGGUGAACCAGACAAGAAUCCUUACUCAAGCAAUGACUCAACUCAUCCUAGCCAUCAAGGGAGAGGCACAUUUGCUGACUGACUCAGACACGAAGACGCACCUGCUGACCGCAGCUAAGAUCCUUGCUGAUGCCACUGCACGCUUGGUUGAAUGUGCCAAGGCGUAUGCUUCAGAUCCAGAUGAUAUCGAGUUUCAAAAGGCACUGAAGCAAGCUGCCGAGGAUGUUCGGAGUGCAGCCAUUGUGGCUACUAGCGAUGAACAAAAGGAGAAGCUAAUGAAAGGUCUCGAAAACGCAGCCAAGCAUGCAGCAGCAGCAGGGACCCAGUGCAUAUCAGCGGUCCAAGCCUCUGGUCCGCACAACACCAACCAAGCUUCACAGGUCGAGAUGAUGCAGGAUUGUCGGGAGGUGGCAGACCACAUCUCCAAGUUGGUGCAGGUUGUAAAGGAGUCAACGAUUCGACGUGAUGAUGCAAACGUGCAGCUCAACUUGAUCGAUGCAUCUCAGCAAUUUCUUUUGCUAGGAGACAAGUUGAUAGCUUCCACCAAGUCCGUAUUGCCAACGGUGCAGGAUCAAGCAAUUCAUAUGCAAUUGAGCAAUAGCAGCAAAAAGCUGGGAUCAACACUGAGCGACCUCCGCUCUACCGUGACUCGAGCCGAAGAGGUCUGUGGCUCUCUCGAGCAGGAUGCUGCACUCGCGCUCAUUCGAGGGUUGCAUCUAGAACUGGAAGAAUUCCAUAAGGCUGUACAAACGGGACAACUCAAGCCGCUUCCAGGGGAAACCGUAGAAUCCACUGCCCUUCGUCUUGGAACCAGCUCGAAGUCCGUAGGAUCAGCGGUGACUGGUCUCCUAACAGCAGCAUCGCAAGCUGAUGAACAUUAUACAGGAAAGGCUGCCCGGGAUGCCGCCCAUUCCCUUCAAGACCUGGCUGAUGCUGUCCGAGGAGUGGCUGCCACGUCCUGUGACCGCCUAGUUCAAGAUCAGAUGAUACAAGAGACACUAAAGAUCAUGCACCAGAGCAUAGAGUUGAUCGGAGAAGCCCACAAUGCCAGAAAAGAUACAAACAUUCCAGACAAGCAGAAAAGAUUGAAUGACUUGGCUCGAUCGAUAUCGCAGAGCCUAAGCAAGUGUGUGAACUGCUUGCCGGGGCAAAAAGACGUGGAUGAAGCUAUCCAAGUUGUAAGCAGUGCAUCUCUAGGCCUUGACACCUCGCGUCUCCCUCCUACUGAGAAGAGCUUCAGCGAGUUGCGUUCGGAGGCAUCGGGGAUGGCAUCGCGGUUGAAUGAUGUCUCAACUGAGAUGGUCCAGGCAGCCAAAUCCCCGUUGCAGUUGGCCCAGACCAGCAAGAGUUUCUCGACAGCAUUUACUGACCUCAUGAAUACUGGCCUAGAGAUGUCUAGCCUGACCGUGGACGAGAUACUUCAACGAGAGAUGGUGAUCUCUUUGAGAUCGGUGUCAACGUGCUCAUCAAGCCUUCUGCACGCAGCCAAGACGCUCUCGGCCGAUCCCUAUGCCCCCAACGCCAAGAAUGCUCUCCUGAAUGCAGCUCGGGCGCUGACGGAAAGCAUCAAUGCCCUCCUGGAUUUGUAUACUAGUGCUGCCCCCGGUCAGAAAGAAUGCGACAAUGCCAUCCGCAGCAUUCAGUCCAUUCGACCCAUCCUCGACAAUCCCAUCGAGCCCAUCAAUGAUACCUCUUACUUCGAAUGCCUUGACACACUCGUGGAGAAAUCCAAGAGCCUCGGUGUAGGGAUGGCCAACAUUGAAAACAGCGCCAAGAAGUCGGAGUUCGUAGAGUUGAAUUCGUCAGUGUCCAGCAUAAGCAGCUCCAUCUGCUGCUUGAUCGAAACUGCCGCCCAGGCUGCAUAUCUGGUUGGAGUGUCGGAUCCAUCGAGCACAGAAGCUCGACCGGGGAUAAUCGAUCAGAAUGCUAUUGUUUCCUCGGCCAAAGCCAUCCAUUCCGUCUGCCAGCCCAUCGUUUCUGAGAAUGCGACCCAGUAUGGGAUCAUGGAAUCUGCUACCGUGAUAGCCAAGCACACGGGAAUCCUGUCUAAAGCCUGUCGAAUGGCAUCCACUAAGACAGCCAAUCAGGUCACAAGGCUCCAGUUUUUACAGUCGGCCACGGACGUUACAAAUGCUACGGCUGCUCUCGUUCAGGAUAUCACAGCUUUUGAUGAUGAUAACGGCGAGGCCAACCGUCUGAAAUGUGUGGAAGCAACUCGCCCUCUUCUGGAAGCAGUGGACAACUUGAUUGCAUUUGCAUCCUCGCCUGAGUUUGUCUCGACCCCUGCACGCAUCUCGCCCGACGCUCGGACUUCUCAGGAACCGAUCAUCGAUGCUGGGAAGUCCAUCAUUUCGGAUUCCACAUCCGUGAUUCAGGCUGCCAAACAGUUGGCUAUGGAUCCAAAAGACCCUACCACUUUGCAGGCUCUGGCCGAUCACAGCAAGAGUGUCACUGACUCAAUCAGAAAACUUGUCUCUACCAUCCAGGAAAAGGCUCCUGGUCUUCGUGAGUGUGACUCCGGUAUCGAGACCCUGAAAAGCUGCAUCCAAGAACUAGACCAAGCUUCGCUCUCGGUCGUCUCUCAGAACCCGAUUCCUCGGAAAGAAAAUUCCCUUCAGGGCUUCACCGAGCAGAUGAUCGGAGCUGCUCGCGAGAUUCUUAAUCGUGUCGAGCCGGUUCGUCAAUCUGCUAAGGGAGAAGCCGAGACCCUAGGCCAUCGCGUAACGCAGUUGGUAAGCUACUUCGGCCCCUUGGCAUCAAAUGCGGUAGGAGCGACGAACUCGCUGCAUUCAAAGCAGCAGACGGACUUGCUGGACCGCACUAAGACAGUUUGCGAAAGUGCUCUUCAGCUCAUCUCUGCUGCCAAGAAAGGAGCAGGGAACUCGAAGAUGACGCACGAGCAUGAUGAGAUCGACGAGAACGUGGAGAACAUGAAAGAGGCAGUGAGCGACCUUAUGGAGACGCUGGAGGGAAUGGCCGCCGCAGCGGGUAUGGUCACAUCCUUCAUCGACCAGAUCACGACUGCCAUGCAACAAAUAGACGAUCGUGCCCUUGGAGAGUUCCAAGAUGACCUCAGUUUCGUGGAUUACCAAACACAGCUGGUUGAAUUGGUGAAGCAGAUUGCUCGCACUGCACAGGACAUGAUGGGGAAGUCAAUAAGUGAUGUCAGUGAAAUGGCAACAGUUGCAGCUGGUUUGGCUCGCGUCUAUGUUGCACUCCUACUUGAGACAAAAGGAGCUCUGUUGAGCACAUCAAAUCCCGAGCUGGCGUCUCGUAUCCGAUCCUUUGUGCUUGAACUUGGUCAAGCCUGCAUUCAAUUGAUCAAGACCGGUGGGAAUCUUCAGGGCUCCCCAGAUGACUCAUUCGCUCAGCAAGAUCUAUCCGAGAGUGUUCGACGAGUUUCAGAAACAGUUUCUCAGGUGCUUGCAGCGUUGCAAGCUGGCUCCCGAGGGACGCAAGCAUGCAUCGAUGCAGCAAGCAAGGUAUCUAGGAUCAUCGGGGACCUGGACACGACCGCCAUGUUUGCAGAAGCUGAAACGCUGAAUCCUGAGGAUGAGAAUGAUGCUUUUAUCAAUUAUCGAGAUAGCAUCCUUAAGACUGCCAGGGCCCUCAUCGAGGAAACCAAGACUCUAGUUACUGGAGCUACUUCAUCACAGGAAAAGCUGGCAGUGACUGCCCAAAAUGUUGUGGCCACAAUGUCGCAGCUGGCUGAUGCUGUGAAACUUGGAGCAGCCUCUCACACCUCCAGCAAUUCGGAAGCACAGGUACUGCUGAUCAAAGCUGUGAGGUACGUGGCGUCUGCUCUCAGAGACCUGAUUCAGUCGACAAAAUCUGCUGCUGGCAAGAACGUUCAAGAUCCAGCCAUGGUAAACUUGAAGGAGUCGGCCAGGAUAAUGGUGAACAGCGUGACAUCACUGCUCAAGACAAUGAAGUCUGUGGAAGAGGAGCACAACCGGGGAACACGAGCCCUUGAAUCGACCAUCGAGGUCAUAGCACAGGAAAUUCGAGCACUGCGUUCUUCAGAUCCUCCAAGAAAGCGUGCCAAUCCAGAAGACCUGGUGAGAGCUACUAAACCGAUCACUCUGGCAACAGCCAAGGCUGUGGCUGCAGGGAAUUCCUGCAAUCAGGAUGACGUUAUUCUGGCUGCCAACAUGGGACGAAGAACCAUCUCAGACAUGCUCGCCAUCUGCAAAGGUGCAGCUUGGGAAGCUGAGAGCAUUGAGAUCCGGGAAAAAGUUCUGACAGCAGGCCAAAAAUGUGCCUCUGAGUACCAAGAACUCCUGCAGCGAGUGAUACAGAUCCUCACGAAGCCAACGGCAGAGAGCAAGCAGGCGUUGCUACCUGUAUCACGGAAUCUGGCAACGCAUGUGACCGAGCUAGUGAGCGUUGCCCAGUUGCUGAAGAGCAGCGACUGGGAAGACCCCGACGAUCCGAUCGUGAUCGCCGAGAACGAGCUUCUCGGAGCGGCCAACUCCAUCGAUGCAGCAGCCAAGAAACUGGCAAGUCUUCGACCCAGGCGUGUUCAGGAAGCAAAUGAAUCGCUAAACUUUGAUGAGAUGAUCCUGGAAGCAGCCAAGAGCAUUGCUGCUGCCUCUUCAGCUCUCAUCAAGGCUGCAUCAUCUGCUCAACGGGAGCUCAUUGAGCAAGGAAAGAUCAACGGUCGACCCAACUAUACUUCAGAAGAUGGGCAGUGGUCCGAAGGCCUGAUCUCGGCAGCCAAAAUGGUCGCUGCAGCGACCCACAGUCUCUGCGAGGCGGCAAACGCUCUCGUCCAAGGCCACUCGACGGAGGAGAAGCUGACCUCGGCUGCCAAGCAGGUGGCCUCCUCCACGGCUCAACUCCUGGUUGCAUGCAAGGUGAGGGCCGACUCGGACAGUCCGGCCAUGAAACGACUCCAGGCUGCUGGGAAUGCCGUGAAGAAGGCGACGGACAAUCUGGUCAAGGCGGCACAGCAGGCUAUUACCCGAGAGGAAGAACGAAACCUAUACUUCAAUACCAGAAUGGUUGAAAAGAUUGCUCAAGAGAUUCAAGCUCGUUCUGAGGUGUCGGCAACUUUCGAAGCCAUGUUAUCUCUUUCGCUGAACUUCAGGGAAAAUUAUAACCUUUGUGUCCGACGUUCGCAGAUGUUGCGGUUGGAGAAGGAACUGGAGGGUGCAAGAACGCGUCUUGCAAUGAUCCGCAAGGCCACAUAUCAUGGUCAAGAAGAUGAAGGUGGAGUCAGUGACCGGAAGGAAUACGAGGCAUGCGAUCGAUCGGAGUCAUUCGACAAGUCCCCUAUGCCCGAAGAAAGCCAAAAGCCUUUGGACCAGACUUUGUCUUCCAUCGGUGAACGCUCGGGCCAGAGUUCUCCAUUGCAGGCGAGUGCAGGUGACAGAGAUGGAAGUCCCACUAGUCCUGCAAGUCCCAGGAGUCCCAAGGGUUCUGAGAAUCCUGAGGGUCCUGCAAGUCCCAGGAGUCCUGAGAAUUCUGAGAGUCCUGCGAGUCUCCCAUUUCCGGAUGAGUCUCUUUCCAAGUCCCACUCGGCCACUGGCAUUUUCACUGCGUCUAACCACCCAUGGUUCGAUACCACCUCUCACCCCCUCACUCCGCAUGAGAUUGAUCAGCAGCAGCAACUACUCGACCAUCAGCAGCCUCCCCAACCAAACGAACCAAGCAUCAUCGACUCCCCGAUGCUGAGCGUCUCCGCCAGUCGAUCCUUAUUUGAGCAAUCGUCAAGGGCCACCAUCACGGUCUCGAGUCGGACGAUAGAGCGUACCUACCGCGUCGCGAAGAGCACCUCAAGCACUACGUCUCAGGUGAAACACACUUGA